AUGGAUCGGUGUGCGCCCAUUCCUGACUGGAUAUACAUCCACAACGAAAUCUACCGACGCCGACUGGAUACCAUAAUUUUACACGACAAUGCACCUGUCCAUCGUUCUAGAGAAGUAUGAAUCUAGUAACGCAUUUAACCGUAAUUUGACUUCUUAGACAACAGCCAGCCUGUCCGCAUGUGGGCUCCAGUCGAUUUUCAGUCCUGCCAACAGUCCAGAUCUCAAUCCCACCGAAAAUCUCUUCGCACUUAUCAAAAGACUCUGGCAUAAGGCGAAUAAGAAACUGUCCAUGCAUGAAAAACUUGAUUUUAUUCUGGACAAUCACAUUGAACAGGCCACUGUAGACAACUUGACUAUCUCCAUGCCUGGGAGACUUACAGCCGUGAUUGAUGCAAAUGGACAAUCAACAAGGUACUGA